UUUGGCUCAAGGCAUUUCGUGCUAGGCGUUUAUGCCAGGUUUCCUGUUGAUCACCAGAGCUCAGCUGUCUCGGGCUGGACUCAACUCAGCUGGUCCGAGGGCUCCGGAUCGAGUCCCGCUCCCGAUGGUGUCGGCGACCGCUCGCUCCGUUGUUGCCGUCGUCCUUCUCUUUGCGCUGGCUGCCGAGGGCAAGGUUGAGAGCAAGUUCUGGGGAUUUCUUGACGACGUGGCGGGGGGGGGAAGGAGAAGAGCGACGUCACUACCGUGGCAGAGAUACUCGAGCACGGCGGCAGCAUUUCAGUCGAGGAUUGCGGCACGAAGGCGGACGUGAUGCACGCUUCGCGCUCCCAGUUCUACAGGAGCCGCAUGCAGGUGCGCGUCUACGGCAACCUUUCGCGCAGCGUCUCGGGAGGGACCAUCGGCGUGAAGAUUUACAGAAGCUCCGCUGCCGAGGGGUCGUCGACGGGAGACUGGAUGAAGCGCGAACUCGCGUGGCACAGCGUCCCCCAUAGUUACGAGGAGGACUUGUGCAAGCACUUCGGCAAGAGCCACAGCCAGCGUGGAUGCCCCUUCCUCUCUGGCACGACCGAGCUCCGCUUCGCCAUCGACAAGCUGCCGCCAAUGGUGGUCGCGGGCUCGUACAGGUUGAAGAUAAAGGCCGUCGAUACUUCCGCCAAGCAGGUGGCCUGCGUGCGGGCACAUGUGGAGAUCCCGCGCGGCAAGAGCGGCGAGAUAUUCCGCAGGGUCCAAGCAGUGAGCGCCACCCGUCGUGGGCGUGCUCUGGAGGUCGUCACUAGGGCUUGCUCUUGUGACUUAUCGGACCCGGUGUGCGGCGACGAUGGCAACACCUACGAGAGCAUGUGCCAAGCCCACUGCGCAAGAGUCGAUGUAGCGUAUCCGGGCAAAUGUGGAGAUCAGGUAACAACCUUUGGCGGGAGAGCGGUGUCGGGCGCCGCGGGCUUCGGUCGCGCGGGCAAAGACAAACAGAGUUUUUUUUCCGAGGCGGCGGCCCACGACGGCCCAGGCUGGAGUCGCAGGCUGGAGCCGCAGGCGACGACCACGAUCACGACAGAGAGUUCCUGGUUCCAUUAUGAUGCUGGGUUGGGGCCGUGCGCUGGAGUCAAUUAUUCUCUUACUUCGUAUCCACUUUUCAACCAUGAUGUCACUGGAUGCAAGUAUGCUUGUGAGAUCAAUCCUGAGUGCAAUAGCUUCAUGUACUUUCGAUGGGUGGACGACUUGAACGAAGCAUAUUGUUUUCUCCAGUGGUAUGACGCGACUCAGUCGUUCGAUAAUUGCGCAGACUCUCCAUGCGAAGGGUGGUCCUCGGAGGCUGAUUCUUAUGAUGUUUACUGGUACUUCAACGGAUGUAUGCAGCCAUCCCCGACGCCAGCACCACCGCCGACUCCCCCUCCGUCUCCGUGCGUGGAUACAUCGGAUGGAGCGGUUGGGCCAACUCUGUUCGCACCAGAGCCAGACAUGGAGCCUCCCAACGUGACCUUUGAUUGCGAGUUUUGGGUGAUGGUUGUGGCGGCAUCGGAUUUGGGCAGUGCUGUGUGCGGGUACUCCUUCGCUUAUGACGACUCCGAUUUCACAGCCACAGAGAUGUGCUGUGCAUGCGGGGGUGGUUCAGAUCCGAGCGCUUCAACCAUGGCGACAACAACGUUGCUCGGACCCUCGGUCAGCACGCCCGGGCACGAGCCCGAGAUGGAGCGAACGACGACCCUGAAGGACUCCGACUUGGACGUGCCGGAGCCAGAGCCGGAGCCCGAGAUGUGGUGGACGACGACCCAUAAGGAUUGGCAUUGGGACAUGCCAGAGCCAGAGCCCGAGCCCUGGACGACGACGCAAUGGGAUUGGGACGAUACGGACGAUUGGGGCGACAUGGACGAUUGCUGGUGCGACGACAUUUUGUGGCCAGUCUGCGGAAAUGAUGGCACAACUUACAGCAGUUCAUGCUACGCUGAUUGUCUUGGCGGUGGCGUUUGGAUGGACGGGGAGUGCGAUUGCAUCGACUGCACGGUAGUCGACGCGGCUCAAAUCCCCACCUUCGCCCUCACGUUCCUCAUGUGUUUGUUGGCGCUACUACUGUAAGGGCUGCGUUGCAUGAAGCUGUCCAGAUUGGUUCCAUGUCCGUAGAGCCUGGGGCAUGUAAGUUGCCGCCAGUUGCCUCAUCUGCCUCCCCGUUCUCCCUUAUUCGUCUCCCUCGCUGGGCCUUCUCACGACUGUUCCGUUUCCUUGAUUCCUCCAUUUCGCACGGGGCUCGAGUGUAAGGUCAGCAGCGCACUCCGUGCCACGAUCGUGCAUCCCAAAUGCUGUAGUUGCCGCAGCAUGAGGCCCGUCGUUUUGGAUCAUGCCGACCUCGGCCCACUACACUGCCAGCUGGGUGGGCGAGGCUCGACGAGGGAGUUGUUGUGGUGUAUUGCAGGCCACUGUGGGCAAGGAAAGGUGCUUCCCCAUUCUGCGCCAUGUGCGCGGGGAGCCACGACAGAAUGUGUUCGGGGCCUCUUGGCCAGGGGGCUGUCUGUCGGGGCGCCACUGAGUCUGGCAACACUCGAGCGCACGUUCUCCUAUUGUUGGAAGGACUGGACCCCCAGUGCCGAAUUUGCUGGACUCCCCGCUCUGACUGGCAAGGGGGCGAGGUCCCCACUCCGACAUGAAGGGAUCGUUCCCGCCCAUCAUUCCUCACGCCCCCACACUGCAGGAGGCGUUUCGUUUUUUUUUUUUGUUUGGCGGCCCCCUCCCCGUGCACCGGGCCAGGGCGGAGGCGCCGUGGGACCGGAGGCCCACCGCGCCUCGAGCAGGACGAGGGCGCGGGCGGCGAUGCUGAUACUCAUGUUGGCGUCGACGCGGGCGCAUUCUCAUCAUUUUUCCGAGUCUGAGUUGGAGGACGUGCAGUCAGGCACCCCUUCUUGGCUCGUGUGGCGCCUUUGUGUUUUAGAGCUGCGCGGGAGCGCUCCUGCCCCCCCUCAGCCCCGUCCUCUCGCUGCCUUCGCCCCUGCUUCCCGCUCGUUGCGCCUCCUCCGCUUGUCCACUUCGGCACUUCGCAGCCUUCCUCCCAUCCCUGCCUCUGCCCUCCGCAUGUCCACUUCGGCACUUCGUAGCCCCUCAGGAGCUCCCACUAAGGCCCCAGGGAGGGGGGCCACGUGCGGGGGCUGUCUGUCGGGGCGCCACUGAGUCUGGCAACGCUCGAGCGCACGUUCUCCUAUUGUUGGAAGGACUGGGCCCCCAGUGCCGAAUUUGCUGGACUCCCCGCUCUGACUGGCAAGGGGGCGAGGUCCCCACUCCGACAUGAAGGGAUCGUUCCCGCCCAUCAUUCCGCACGCCCCCACACUGCAGGAGGCGUAUCGUUUUUUUGUUUGGCGGACCCCUCCCCGUGCACCGGGCCAGGGCGGAGGCGCCGUGGGACCGGAGGCCCACCGCGCCUCGAGCAGGACGAGGGCGCGGACGGCGAUGCUGAUACUCAUGUUGGCGUCGACGCGGGCGCUUUCUUAUCAUUUUUCCGAGUCGGAGUUGGAGGACGUGCAGUCAGGCACCCCUUCUUGGCUCGUGUGGCGCCUUUGUGUUUUAGAGCCGCGCGGGGGCGCUCCUGCCCCCCCUCUCAGCCCCCUCCCCUCGCUGCCUUCGUCCCUGCUUCCCGCUCGUUGCGCCUCCUCCGCUUGUCCACUUCGGCACUUCGCAGCCUUCCUCCCAUCCCUGCCUCUGCCCUCCGCAUGUCCACUUCGGCACUUCGUAGCCCCUCAGGAGCUCCCACUAAGUUGCCGACGACAGCGAUGACGGGACGAUGAGGGC